AUGCCAAUUCCAAAUAUGAAAAAAAGAAUCAACAAAAUUACAGAGCUCCAAUAUAAAUUGAAAAAGGGAAACAUGCAUAAUCCAUCACAAAAAUCAAUGAAAGACUUUAUCGAGGAUUUCCCGCCAGAAUCGAGACAUGCUUUCAAACCAGAUACUAUGAUGUUUGACAAGAUUUAUAUUGUGCAUUUAAAAAGAAGAUUAGAAAGACGACAAAGAUUGGAGAAGGCAGCCGAUGAAAUGAGACUGGACUUUACAUACUUUCAGGCUGUUGAUGGACGGAAUAUGACGUAUGGUGAAAUUGGAUGUGUACUAAGUCAUUAUUAUGUAUUGGAAGAUAUGAUAGUGAAGAAUUACCAAAGAGUUCUGAUACUAGAAGAUGAUGCACAAUUCGUUCCUAUGUUUCGCAAACAAUUGUCAAGGUCGUUUGCUGAUAUAGAAGAGUUUGUGCCUGAUUGGGAUCUUUUAUUUUUGGGACGCAAGCCCAUGAAUGCAACUGCUGAUAAAUAUGUGGAUGGAACGCAUUUUGCGAUGUGGCCAGAUUUUUCCUAUUGGGCGUUAGCGUAUGCAAUCACAAGAAAAGGUGCAAAAAAGAUACUGAAGCAAAAACCAUUACACAAACUAGUUCCAACCGACGAGUUGAUACCACUUAUGUACAAUAGACAUCCAAUGGAAGAAUGGAAGAAACUAUUUUACCCAAAUGAUUUGAAAGCUGUUGCCAUCAACCCUUUGUUAAUUUAUCCGUCAUGGUGGUUCGGGGAAACCAAAUACAUAUCGGAUACUGAAGAUUCUCGCAAAAUGGCUUCUACCUUGGAAACUUGA